GUUCGAUUCGAGAGGAUCAAUUCAAAAGGGUGCGAGUUCGUCUACGGAUUGUCCUUUAGUAACUUUGGUUGCUGAUCUUUGUGUCUGUGAAUUUUUUUGUACCGUUUCUACCUAACACUGAGUUGAAAAUGGCGUACCGUUUUGCAUGCAUCAUGCUGACCGUGGCCUUGUGCGCCUCGCCAGCGUUGAGCUACUCAACCGGUGCACCGGAUGGAGCCUGCGGUGACAUGGUUCCGCAGCAUCAUACCGAACCGCAAAAAUCGGCUGCCCCGUACUCGAUCGUUUUGUCGAAGAAGGAAAUCCGAGCGAAUGAAGGUGUCACGAUCACCGUGAAGGGUAACAGUGCUAAAGAUACAAUAAAGGGUCUACUGUGCCAAACGCGAGUUGGUGACACACCAGUCGGAGCAUUCGACGUGCCACCGAACAACAAUUUCGUUCAGAAACUGGACUGCGGUAAUUCGAAGGCGUCCGCCAUUACGCAUAAGAAGAUUACGAACCCACCGAAUGCCAUCAGCUUUAACUGGAUUGCUCCGCGUGGUUUGAGCGAGCAGGCUCGCGUCUACUGCACGAUCGCCUUGAACGGUGGUGUUUUCUGGGUGAAACACUCGUCCGACUUCCUCAAGGUGAACUAAAACAAUCGCCUCUUUGGUCCGGACACUGGUGAUCCAGGAUCAACGAACUUUGACCGAAAACUUUGACAAUAGUAUUUAGCGACAAUAGCUGGACGAAUGUUCAAUUCAUACGUUUUAUCCAAAUGACAAUAAAUCGCCAUCGACA